AUGACGCUUAAGGAAAUGCUCGCCGAGGAACAAUGGCGCAGUGUGAUCCACACGACUGCGGGGCUGGGUGCCGGCGCUGUGUCCACCGUGCUGCUGUACCCACUCGACCUGGUGAAGGUGCGCUACCAAGUGCACGAGAAGUCCGCACAUGCCUACCGCUCGUUAGGACACGCGUUCCGCUCCAUUGUGGCGGAAGAAGGUGUGCGCGCGCUGUUUCGCGGUAUGAGCCCGGCACUUUACGGCGCAACGCUAUCGUGGGGUAUCUACAUGCUCGUGUACCAGAACGCGAAAGAACGCUACGCUCGUAUGGCGGACGAAGGUUGGAUCCAGGGCUCGUGGCAGCACUUCUUCUCGGGCAUUGAGGCCGGAAUGAUCUGUGUGCCGCUGACGAAUCCCAUUUGGCUCAUCAAGAUCCGCAUGCAAGUACAAAGUAACAAACGACUACAAGCAAGUGUCACUGGCAAAGAUGCAACAAAGAAAUUGGUCGAGAAUAUACCAUAUCGAAGCGUAUCAGAUGCUUUUCGGCGGAUUGUAGCACAAGAAGGUGUUUUAGCACUGUAUAAAGGUAUGAUCCCAGCGCUAUUCCUCACGACCAACGGAGCGCUCAAAUUUGUAGCAUACGAGCGUCUUAGGGGUCUGUAUCUGACACACUGGAGCCCCGAGAUGGACGUGAUUCCGACGCUGGUGAUGGGUGCUCUGGCACAGUCCAUUGCAUCCACAGCUACGUAUCCUUACCAGGUGAUUAAAGCUCGUCUGCAGCAAGGAGGACCUUCAGCGAACAAGUACACAGGCACUUGGGACUGUACGGUGAAGAUCAUCCGACACGAAGGCUACGUCGGUUUGGUCAAGGGCUUGUCAGCGAAUAUCCUCAAGGUGAUGCCCACUGGCGCCAUCAUUUUUGCUGCUUACGAGCAGAUCCAGAGCACUAUGAAAGCCAUGCUGCUGGACGAUCUAUUAUAUAUGUAG